UAAAAGCAUCAAUUUCCGCAAUUAGAAAGUGGCAUUACUGGAAUUUACCUGAUGUUCUUUUGUAGACAAAUGCUUUUUUCAACUUGACUUGUUUCAAAAAGUAGAUGUCUCACUUGCAGCCAUUACCUAUGAGUGUAUACUGUUUAAAAGUCCUAGGAACACAACGGAUGGAAUCUUGAAGGCAGAACUGGCUAUGAUGUCAUAGACCCUUGAAGGAAACUUCUAAAAGUGGUAUCUAGUCAUAACAGAGACUAAGCAAGAAAGAUGCUAACUGAAUAAGGUGGGAUCCAACAAGAGUGUGGGUAUGGAAUGCAAUAACUUAUGAAUAUAACUUUUUUGCUGAGGGAACUCAACAGAAUGACACCUAAGAUAGGCAAAGUCUUCGACACUUGAUACAUUUGUGAUUUUUGGUCAUUACUUGAAAAUUAAUAAAUUUGAAGUCACUAGUCUUAAAAAUGGAAGAAAGUGAAGACCCUGAUCAGCCUAUCUCAGCAUGGAGGCAAGAAAUUCGAAAGAGAAGACGACCCAGCCAACCCAUGGUAGACAAAUCUCAGCAAACUGAUAUAAAAGAGAAAAAGAAACACAUGGCCAUGCCUCAAUCAUCUAGCCCCAAAGCUACCCAUAGUAUUGCUAAUAUUUCUGGAAGCAAAGGCAACUACCCUGCCAACACCUGUGAGUCUCUUAGAAUAUCUUCUGAACUUCGGCAAACAUGGACAAAGAGAAAACAUGGACAGGAAAUGACUAGUAAGUCUCUCCAGACAGAUAUCAUUAUAGAAGAGAAAAAAGAAGUCAAGUUAGCUGAGGAAACUGUGGUACCUGAAGAAAAGUCAGCUGGUGUUAGAGAAGCGGGUAUUGAAUUGCCAGAGGGUGUUCAGGAAGUAGCAAUUCCACCAAACGUCCCUUCAGUUCAACUAAAAAUGGACAGAUCUCAGCAGACCAACUGUACUGGAGAUUGGACCAUGAUGAACAUCCCCUGCAUAGAAAAAGCAGACAAGGAACAACAGACAUUCUUUAGUGAAUCAGAAAUAGUUAUUUCCAGGCCAGAUAGUUCUUUUAUAAAGUCAAAGGAAGGUGCCCUGAAACAUAAAUCCUCGGGAAAGAUUUUUGUUAGUGAACACCCUGAAUUUCAACCAGCAACAAGUAGCAAUGAAGAAAUUAGGCAGAAAAGUAUCAGCAGAACUUCAUUUACUCAGGAGACCAAAAAUGGUCCUCCAGUACUCUUAGAAGAUGAACUUAAGCAAGAAGUGACUAUACCUGUUGUACAAGAAAGUUCUGCUGCUGAAAAAGUGGCUCCUGCUGAAAUAGAGCCUCCACCAACAGAAACAUUCCCAGCUGAAAUACAGCCUGCAUUAGUUGAAGAGUCCACUGCUAAGGCAGAGCUCAGAACCUAUGAAAACAACUAUGUCCAAGUAGAGCCACCAACAGAACAGACUCCUGCUGCUGAGGCAGCCACUGCAGUUGCAGAGAAUUCUGUUAAAGGUCAGCCUCCACCAGCUAAAGAGGCUCCAUUAGUGGAGUUUCCUGCUGAAAUUCAACCUCCACCAGCUGAAAAGUCUCCUUCAGAAGAGCCUCCUACUGAAAUUCUGCCUCCACCAGCUGAAAAGUCUUCUUCGGUAGAGCUUCCUUCUGAAAUGUGGUCUCCUUCAUCUGAAAAGGCUCCCACUGAAGUAUGGCCUUUACCAGCUGAGGGUGCCCUUGAAGAGGCCCCAACUAAAUUAGAGCCUACCACUGCUGAAGAAGCCCUUGCUGAAGCUCAGCCUCAAUUACUGAAAGAGGCUUCUAGAGAAGAGGCUCAGGAAGAUCAGCUUUCAACAGCUAUGGAGACCCCUGCAGAAGAGGCUCCUGAUGAAUUUCAGUCUCCAUCAGCUGAAGAGACCACUGCAGAAGAGGCCUCUGCUGCGAUUCAGCUUCUAGCAGCUACAGAAGCUCCUGUGGAAGAACUUCCAGCUGAGGAGGUUCCUGUAGAAGAGACCCCUGUUGAAGUUCAGCCUCCACCAGCUGAAGAGACAAUGGCAGAAGAGGCCUCUGCUGAAAUUCAGCUUCUAGCAGCUACAGAGGCUUCUGCAGAAGAGCCCCCUGCCGAAGUUCAGCCUCCACCAGCGGAGGAGGCCCCUGCCGAAGUUCAGCCUCCACCAGCGGAGGAGGCCCCUGCCGAAGUUCAGCCUCCACCAGCGGAGGAGGCCCCUGCCGAAGUUCAGCCUCCACCAGCGGAGGAGGCCCCUGCCGAAGUUCAGCCUCCACCAGCGGAGGAGGCCCCUGCCGAAGUUCAGCCUCCACCAGCGGAGGAGGCCCCUGCCGAAGUUCAGCCUCCACCAGCGGAGGAGGCCCCUGCCGAAGUUCAGCCUCCACCAGCGGAGGAGGCCCCUGCCGAAGUUCAGCCUCCACCAGCUGAGGAGACCCGUGCCGAAGUUCAGCCUCCACCAGCUGAGGAGGCCCCUGCCGAAGUUCAGCCUCCACCAGCUGAGGAGGCCCCUGCCGAAGUUCAGCCUCCACCAGCUGAGGAGACCCGUGCCGAAGUUCAGCCUCCACCAGCUGAGGAGACCCGUGCCGAAGUUCAGCCUCCACCAGCUGAGGAGGCCCCUGCCGAAGUUCAGCCUCCACCAGCUGAGGAUACUCCUGUGGUAGAGACCCUCGCUGAAUUACACUCUCCCGAAGCUGAUGAGGUUCCUGCAGAAGAGGCCCCUGUUGACGAACAUUCCCCACUUGCUGAUUUGCUUCUGACUGAGGAGUUUCCUAUACAAGAGGGAUCUGCUGAAGGUUCACCUCCACCAUCUGAACAAAUCCCAGAAAAUGAGUCUCUGGUAGCGAAUAUGUCUACUGGACUUCAGUCACCCCAGGUGGCAGGAAUUCCAGCAGUUGUUUCGGAAGAUGAUGCAAAAUUUGAAGAGGUUUUAAAAACAAAUUCUGUCCAUAAAGAUUUAUCUAAUACCAAUGAUGGACAGGUUCCCACUCUUGAAAUAGAAGGUGUCUUUCAUAUAGAAUUUAAACAACCAUCCUGAACUGUAGUCAGGUUGUACCUAAGCUAGCCAUCGGAAGCUGGGCGGUUCUGGAAGAAUGUACUUUAGAAAAGAGUGGGCAGCUGGAAGUAGCUUUGUCAAUAAGGGAAAUUAAAGAGAACCCCAAGACUUGGAAUCCAGGUUGGAAAAUGAACAAUAAAAACUGUAGCAGUAUAAAA